CAAGGAACCAACUUUCUACAUCCUACGCAUCCUUAGCUAAGAUAAAAGCACAUUCCAUUACGUAAUUACAACGCUUUAAUCAUAUUCAUAUAAUAAAAAUAUCAUUUUUUUAUGAUCCUAAUUCAAUUUCCUUCAAACUCACACUUCUGCACCAGAAAAUACUUCGUCAACAAAUAAUUUUAUUUACACUUUCACAAAACUCGUUAAAAUUUCAAACUAAGCCAAACAGAUGUCAAUUAUACUACCAAGAUCACUAUCAUGUUCUAUACUAUUAGUACUAAUUUUUAUAGCUCCAAUUAAUGGAUUUGAUGAAACAGGAUCAUCCGACUCAAGCAUAAAGUGUGGUGGUUGUUCUCCAUGUGGUAAUCCAUCAUGUUACUUAAGUCCUCCACCCCCACCUUCUCCACUACCACCACCACCGCCGCCAAAGAAAAAACCGAUCUCCUCAUACUGCCCGCCACCGCCAUCCUCGACAGGAACAGGAUCAGGGUCCGGAUUUGUGUACAUGACAGCACCCCCGGGCGAGCUUUACCCAGUUGUUCAGAACUAUUCGGGUUCGCCUCCAAAUCUGGCAGCUGUUAUAAAUUCAUUCCUUGGGUUUGUAUGUCUGGGGUUAUUGAUUAUUUUUAUGGUUGUAAAUCAGUAAAUUUCAAUAGAAUUGUAUUUAAAGUCAAACGGCUUGUUAAGUGUGGUCAUAUAAUAGGUCGUCGUAGUCUCUGUUUCAUGUGUAAUCUAUACGUGUAAUAAUAGAAUUUCUGUAUGAAAACCAUCACUUUUGUUUGUGAUAUCUUUCUGAUGAUAAGAAAUUUGUUCUUUUCAAUUGCUA